GCGCUCUCUCGGCGCCAUGAGCAAGCUGGUGCUGCAGCAAGAACAGCAGGAGGCCGCGGCCCUAGAGCGGCGGCGGCAGCUGGAGCUGCAGCGGCGGAGCCGCAUCUUCAACGCUCGAGUCCGGACCAUAGGGGUUGAUAAAGAUGCACUGGAUACCCAGGUUAAGGAGAGGAAAAUUCAAGAAGCAGCUGAAAAAGCACGAAAUGAAGAACUUGGUAUAUUCAUAGAUACAGUGAUAUUUCUGUGAAUUGAUAAAUCUAAUGAAAUGAAGCAGAAUUACAAGAUCAUGUGUAUGUUAGAAGAACGACAUAAAAAUGAUAUCAGAAACAUAAAUAAGGCUGUCAGUGAGUUUCAGAAGAAUUUGCAGAAGCCAGAAAUGAGGCGUGAAUUUGACCUGAAUGAUCCGCAAGCCCUAAAGAAGGACAGACCUGCUCGAGUUUCAGAUGAUGAUCCUCGAUGUACUGUAUCUGGCUUGCAGAAGUUUUUGGGUGAAGAUUUAAACUAUGAUCAGAGGAUGAAAUUUCAAAAGGAGCAGUUAAGAGAGUGGUCUCUUCAGCAACAGAAAGACUUAAAGAAUGCAUUAGCUGAUCAAAAAUUUGCAGAUGAUCUUCAUGACAAAUACAGGAUUGCACUUGACCAAAAGACUAUGAAGCAACAACAAAAAGAAGAAGAAAAGAGGCGUGCUGUUUGUGCAGCUACUAAAGAUUUCAACAGAAACCAGGCUGCUGAACUAGCUGAGAAAAAGAAGUUGGAAAAGAAUCAAAAAAUGAAAGAUGACAUGAAUGAAAUUUCCAGCCUCCUUCAAGGAGAUCUACUUUCUGAAAACCCUGACCAAGCAAUCAGUUCCUUUGGUACACAUCGUGUGAUAACAGAUCGAUGGAAGGGAAUGAAUCGGGAUCAACUGAGGGCAAUCCGUGAUACUCAACAGCAACAAGUUCUGGAGAAACUGAGACAAAACCAGGAAGAACGCCGAGUUGAUGCUGAAUGGGACAGACAAAGAAUAAACACUGCAAAAGCACAGCUGAUUUUAGAGCGGCAUCUACAACGACAGAAUCGGGAGCGGCGCCGAGCUUUAGAUAACAUGAAUGCAGACAUAUCUCAGGAGCAGAAAUCAAAGAACAUUUAUCUUAAAGAAGAAGAAUAUUCAAAUUAUCCAACAGACGAGUAUUUCGCACAGUUUAAUACAACUAGCCGAUGACAUUCUGGGUAAAUCAACCUGAAAUAUAGAGAAGUAUGUAGACAUAUUAAAAUUGUUAAUUGAGCAA